AAUAGAUGAUCUGAAGCAUUUAUGCACUCAUUCUGUUUUUAAUCACCAUGUCAAAUAGAUAAUUUUUUUUUUUUUUUAUCACUAAUAGACUAUAAUUUAGUAAUAUUUUCCCACAUUUGAUAAGUGUAGAAGUUUAUUGCCAUGGUAUUAAAAAAAUAAAAAAAAAAAAAAAUUAAAGAAAAAUUUAUAGCUAAUACGGAAAUUUCUGGUGACUAACAUAUAAUAUACCACAUGCUGUAUAUACACCACAAUUUUAUGGUUCAUCCCCUUUUCAUCAUUUUCCAUUAUUCCAUUUGAGCUUGGAAUUAAUUUUCUCAAGCCUAACUUUCUUUUAGUUGAAAAAUAUAUGCAACAAUUGAUAAGGACUACCAUUAACCAACAAAAAUCACAAAUAUAGCUAGCUAGAUCUCUAGGGUUUUGUCUAUAAAUACCUUGCCAUGCAUCCUUUCAUUGUUCUCAUUAAGAACUAAAUAUUCUUAUCAUCUCUCUCAUCUCUCUAUCACGCAUAGAUCCAACCUUGCAUUCUAUGGAGUCAUCAAAGAUUUGGUUUGUCUUACUUGUAUUGAUGGCCACAACCAUCACUCUCUUUGCAACACCAACUAGUGAACUAGAAUCACUUGUCCAUGUUAAGGAAGAUGAUGCUUCUUCUUACUUUCAUUUUCAUGAAAGCCAGGAACCAUCUUCUCUGAGAGGAACUGCUCGCUUUCUUGCCGGCCAGGGUCCCCGUGCCACCACCAUGACAUGCGACAAGUACCCUAGAGUUUGUGCAGCCAAGGGCAGUCCCGGCCGGGACUGCUGCAACAAGCAAUGCGUUAAUGUGAUGAGUGAUGAGCUUAACUGCGGGAAGUGUGGGAAGAAGUGCAAGUACUCGGAGUUAUGUUGCCAAGGCCAAUGUGUGAAUCCAUCUGUGGAUGAGAAGAAUUGUGGGAAGUGCAACAAGAAGUGCAAGAAAGGAAGCUCAUGCGUGUAUGGGAUGUGCAGCUACGCUUAGAAUUUAGAAAUGCUUGUUACAUCUUCUAGCAUUCACGUUAUAUAUACAUAUAUCCAUCUAUCUAUUUUAUGUGUAUGUGCGUAUAUCUGUGUGUCCAUGUCUUCAUAAUUUUAGUUAAAUUUAUUGUUAAUCCUACGGGAGUUGUGUUCACCAUUAUUACGUGAAAUAAUAAAAGCAAGUCAUCGAACGAGUUGUAUUCGA